AUGUUAUUUUCCUAUCAACACUUGUUGUUUCUUAUUUUAAUAUUAUACUUACAAAGCACAUCAAGUAAUAGACAAUCAUUUAUUAAUUUAUCUGAACUUGGUUUAGAAUUUAUUCCGGCCAAUGAAAAUCUUCUUCUUUUACUUGAUAUCAAUGCUGAUUCAAUUAUAAUUUGUUCAACAAUAUGUUUUUCAAAUAUAUAUUGUCGAACAUUUAAUUUUAAUAUGCAAUCAAAACGUUGUCGUCUUUAUGAAGGUGAUAUAGAUAAUACAGGAUCAAUUAUUAAUUCUCAAUCAUUUCAGUCAAUUGUUGGAACAAUUAAAUUAACUACAGAUGAUUUUAUUGAUUAUGGACGUCCUUGUAGUUUUUGUAAGAAUAAGCCAUAUUUAAUUUGUAUGAAUUCUACUUGUCAAUGUCAAUCUCAUUCAUUUUACAAUGGAUCAAUAUGUCCGAGUCAAAAAUUUCUUGGAGGUUCAUGUACUAAUGAUAUAGAAUGUCGAAAUGAUAUUAAUCUUACAUGUCUUUCAACUAUGCAAUGUGGAUUCAUUCUCAUCACAGAUGAUGCACAUGCAAAUCAUACUAGUGCGACUAUUUUACCACCUACGACGCAUAUUAACAGUACUAUAUCCAUUUCUCCUGAUACUAUCAAGACUAGCACUACUAGUAAUUCAGAUACCAUGGGUUUAACAAGCAGUUUAGCCACUAGUAUUUCGACUACUACUAUAAUCACUACUAUUCCAACAACUAUGUCAACUAUUACCACAACAAUAACCUCGGAUACUAUUAAUAAUACAACAACCAUAUUAACUACUAGUAAUACUAUAACAAUAACUACAACCAGUAACAGCAAUUCAAUAAUAACUUCAGACAUCGGUGAUACUUCAACAGCGACUUUAAAUACUGAUAGUACGUCGAUCACUCCUAUGAGAACUGACAGUAUUUCAUCGACCACAUCAAGCGCCAAUAGUAUCUCAACAAUUAUUACAGAUGCCGAGAGCACUUCAACAACAACUUCAAGUACUGAUAGUACUCCAACAACUGCUUCAACUACUGAUAGCACUACAACAAUAACUACUACAAGUACCGACAGCACUUCAACUUCAACAACAACAACAACAACAUCAACAACAUCAACAACAACUUCAACUACAACAACAACUUCAACUACAACAACAACUUCAACAUCAACUACUACAUUAACUACAACAUCAACAUCAACAACAACUACAACUACGACGUCAACAAAAACUUCGACAACAACUUCAAUAACAACAACAACAACUACAAAAACAACAACAACAGCUGUUCCUACUUGUGGUCCUAGUGCUUGUUGCGGUGCAAAUUGUAAUGUCUGUGUUGUUGGUAGUACUACUUAUUACUGUACUAGUUAUGCGGGUCCAACUGGUUAUAAUUUUUAUAGUAGUGCUAGUAGCUGUGCUACUAGUGGUGCAUCUGCUAGUUAUUGUACCUAUAGUACUACUUGUGGUGUUGGUGCUGGUAGUCCUGGUUUUGGUUCUCAUAGUGGUUGUUAA